UUAUAUAAGCCGAGGGUUUGAAUGCAUUGAAAAGCAUUACAAGUAUUGAAGCGAUCGUUGAAUACACGACUCAAGCAUUCAUUCAUUCAAUCGAUUCAUUGAUUCAAAGCAUUGAUUCCUUUCUAUUCUUUGAAUUCAUUAAUUGAUUCAUUGAUUUAAUUAUUUAUCAUUUGAUUUGAUUUGUGUCUCAACUUAUUUGACACGAAAUGCCGGAAAACACCGAAACCGAGACCUUUGCCUUUCAGGCAGAGAUCGCACAACUCAUGUCUUUGAUUAUCAACACUUUCUACAGCAAUAAAGAGAUCUUCUUAAGAGAACUGAUCUCCAACUCGUCUGAUGCGUUGGAUAAGAUCAGAUACGAGUCAUUGACUGAUUCAACCAAAUUGGACGCUCAGAAGGAGCUGUUCAUUAAGAUUAUUCCCAAUAAGAAUGAGAAGACAUUGACAAUCAUCGACACCGGUAUUGGUAUGACUAAAGCCGAUCUCAUCAAUAACUUGGGAACUAUUGCUAAGUCGGGCACCAAAGCCUUUAUGGAGGCUCUUCAGGCCGGAGCUGACAUCUCUAUGAUCGGUCAGUUUGGUGUGGGUUUCUAUUCGGCGUAUUUAAUCGCCGACAAAGUGACGGUUUACUCGAAACACAAUGACGACGAACAGUACGUCUGGGAAUCGUCUGCCGGCGGUUCGUUCACUAUAACUCCCGAUCCCGGAGAACCACUCGGCAGAGGAACCAAAAUUGUCUUAAAUCUUAAAGAAGAUCAAUUGGAGUACUCUGAAGAGCGACGCAUUAAAGAGAUCGUCAAAAAGCACUCGCAAUUCAUCGGUUAUCCAAUCAAACUGUUGGUUGAAAAGGAAAGAGACAAAGAAGUGAGUGAUGAUGAAGAGGAAGAAGAGAAAAAGGAAGAGAAGAGUGAAGAAGAAAAGAAAGAGGGCGGAGAUGAAGACGAACCUAAAGUAGAAGACGUCGAGGAUUCAGAUGAGAAAAAAGAUAAGAAGAAGACAAAGAAAAUCAAGGAAAAGUAUGUCGAAGACGAGGAAUUAAACAAAACUAAACCACUUUGGAUGAGAAAUCCCGAUGACAUCACUCAAGAAGAAUAUGGCGAAUUCUAUAAGAGUCUGACUAACGAUUGGGAGGACCACUUGGCUGUCAAACAUUUCUCAGUCGAGGGACAGCUAGAGUUUAGAGCACUUAUAUUUAUCCCAAAGAGAGCGCCAUUUGAUCUCUUCGAGAACAAGAAGCAAAAGAACAACAUUAAGCUUUAUGUCCGCCGAGUAUUCAUUAUGGAAAACUGUGAAGAAUUGAUUCCCGAGUACUUGAACUUUGUUAAGGGUGUCGUUGAUAGCGAAGAUCUUCCACUAAAUAUUUCACGAGAAAUGCUUCAACAAAAUAAAAUUUUGAAAGUAAUUCGCAAAAAUCUGGUUAAGAAAUGUCUUGAAAUGUUCGAAGAAAUCGCAGAAGACAAAGAAAAUUAUAAGAAGCUUUACGAACAGUUCAGCAAAAAUCUGAAGCUCGGUAUUCACGAAGACGCCCAAAACAGAAAGAAAUUGGGAGAUCUCUUGAGAUACUAUACUUCGGCUUCUGGUGAUGAGGUUUGCUCUCUUAAAGAUUACGUUUCGAGAAUGAAGGAAAAUCAGAAAAGUAUUUACUUCAUUACCGGCGAAUCGCGCGAAACGGUUGCCAAUUCUGCUUUUGUCGAAAGAGUACGAAAACGUGGUUUCGAAGUCGUCUAUAUGGUUGAGCCCAUCGAUGAAUACUGUGUGCAACAACUCAAAGAAUACGACGGAAAGACUUUGGUUUCGGUUACCAAAGAGGGACUCGAAUUGCCCGAAGACGAGGAAGAGAAGAAGAAACAGGAGGAAGACAAGAAGAAAUUCGAGUCAUUGUGUAAAGUAAUGAAAGAUAUUUUGGACAAAAAAGUGGAGAAAGUAAUCGUUUCUAACCGAUUGGUGUCGAGUCCCUGUUGUAUAGUCACGAGUCAGUACGGAUGGACCGCUAAUAUGGAGCGUAUUAUGAAAGCCCAAGCAUUGAGAGAUUCGUCGACUAUGGGUUAUAUGGCGGCUAAAAAACAUUUGGAGAUCAAUCCGGACCACUCAAUCAUCGAGACAUUGCGCCAGAAGGCAGAGGCCGACAAAAAUGACAAAUCAGUCAAAGACUUAGUUAUGCUUCUCUAUGAAACUUCUCUCCUGACUUCCGGCUUCAGUCUGGAGGACCCGCAAACACACGCCUCCCGUAUUCACCGAAUGAUCAAAUUGGGUCUCGGAAUAGAGGACGACGACAUUCCAAUGGCCGAAUCGAGUGCUGCCGCAGUCGCUGAUGACAUCCCACCGCUUGAAGGCGACGACAAAGACGACACGUCGCGUAUGGAAGAAGUGGACUAAAAAACUAUUCGCAACUCAUUUUAAUUACUUAAUUGCUUUCAAAUUCAAUUAAUUAUUAUUAUUCUAAUGUGUAUUAUUAUUAUUCAUAUUUGUUUGCAAUAAUUUA